AUUGAUAGUUCAAAAAAAUUCCCGUUCCAAAAUAGCGGCGCCGCCGACUUUUUAAACAGAAACAGAAGAAAAUAUAUAAAAAAUAUAUAAAUAAUCCUAACCUGGAGCACAGCCAUGCGGCUGCAUCGACGUUACUAUGUGGCUGUGUGUGUUAUAUUGUGCAUUUGGCUGGCAUUCCUUUUCGUCUGCUCCCAAUGGAUCUCAAGCUACGAUGGCCUAAAGACCAGCGAUCCCGUCCAGCUUCUCUGGUGGUCGCGUUCCUUUUCCUUCAACUACGACGAGGUGCGCCAGUGCGGCGUGGACACGUGUCGCAUCAGCAACAAGAGGAGCCGCCUGCCGAUGGCCCGGGGCGUUCUGUUCUAUGGAUCCGACAUGAAGACAAGCGACUUUCCGCUACCACGGGGCCAGCAGCAAAUUUGGGCCUUACUGCACGAGGAAUCGCCCAGAAAUGUGCCCUUCGUGCCCCACUUGGAGUUCCUGCGCCACUUCCACUUUACGUCUACCUUCAGCCGCUACAGCAACAUGCCGCUGACCACACAGUAUCUGCCCAGCGAGCAAGCUCUCACCUCGCUGGAAUACCACAUUCCCUUUGAGGAAAAAUCUAAGGUCUACCCGUCGGCACAGAUAGUGUUCCUGCAGACCGAUUGUGAUACAAUGUCCGGACGGGAGGAUUAUGUGACUGAGCUAAUGAAAUAUAUGCAGGUUGAUUCCUUCGGCGGCUGCUUGAAGAACAAUGAUCUGCUGGAGAGGCAAGUAGAGCCCUUUGAAUUCAAAUUAGUUAUCUUCAUGAUCCUUUUCUUCAGUCUGAAUAAGGAUUACCUCAACAAUCUGUAUUCGCCAGAGCUAUUGAAGUUCCUGUCCACGUACAAGUAUAUGAUAGCCAUCGAAAACGCUGCCUGUCCCGACUAUAUAACUGAGAAGUUCUGGCGCCCCUUGGUCAUAGGCGUCGUGCCCAUUUACUUUGGUUCACCCACUAUUAAAGACUGGCAGCCGAAUAACAAGUCUGCCAUUUAUGUAAACGAUUUCCCCAAUCCGCGUGCCUUGGCCGAGUAUUUAACCAAGUUGGCAAAAAACCAAACAGAGUACGAUUCGUAUCGGAGCCACAAACUGAAUACGCAGAGUCCCAUCUCAAAUGAGUGGCUGCUCCUCAACCUCGCUAAGCGACAGUAUCACAUUGGCGACUCCUCGCCGGGCGGAUCCCUCUUUGAGAAGUUCGAGUGCGCCGUUUGCCGGCAUGUGAUCCAUGGCUCAAGGAGUGAGCGGGCUCACUCCCUUCAUUAUGACUGCCCGACAAAGCCGCCGUUUGCUCCACUGGAGAAUCAGGUGGAACCUGUAAAUGUCGCCGACUGGCGAUCCGUACUGGAGGUGGGUCAGUGCCAGGCGAAGAUUUUGGAUGAGUUUAUUCGCCGCAACUCCAGCUACAAUAAGGCGGACUUUGCCGCAGAGCUUAAAAAGAGGAUGGACGAGAAUAAUUGUAAUUAGACUGAAUCUCAGGUGGUAGCAGUACCUUAAAGUACAAAGUACCCACAUUAAAGUAUGCUGUGAUUAUUAGCAAUUAUAAAAUUGUAUUUUAUACAAAUAA